CCCCAUCACAUGUCCAAUGGACAGAGGAGUAGCUCGCGAGCUGGACAUUUUCUGACGUCACUCGGUCCACCUUAUAAAGUCACACACCUGGCGGAACAAAACACGAAACCCACGCUGAUAGAGAGAGGGAGAGAGAGAGAGGGAGAGAGAACUGGAGAGAGUAAAAAGAUUGCAUCAUUAAACACAACUUUUCUUUUAUGAAUCUUGCCAAUUUCUCCUACUUCUCCUGCAGCAUGUCACCGGCGGAGUCGCAGCCCACUAGUCCGGCGGGGGCGGCAGCUGUGUCCCCGCAGGUGAGCUUGGACUCACCGUCAUCGAUCCAUCAUCAUCAUCAUCAGCAGCUCCAUCAUCAUCAUUACCAUCAUCAGUCAGGAGCUAAGGACGGUGCUCCUGUGAAACCGGAACCGCGUGAAGGCAGCCCCGGUCCCGAGCUGGAGGAAGUGGUGUCGGUGGGUCAAUCAGUUGGCGGCCGGCGGAGGAAGAGGCCGGUGCAGCGAGGGAAACCUCCGUACAGCUACAUCGCGCUCAUCGCGAUGGCCAUCGCCAACUCGCCCGAGAGGAAGCUCACGCUGGGCGGCAUUUACCGCUUCAUCACCGAGCGCUUCCCGUUCUACCGCGAGAACUCGCGCAAGUGGCAGAACUCCAUCCGGCACAACCUGACGCUCAACGACUGCUUCGUGAAGAUCCCGCGGGAGCCCGGGAGACCCGGGAAGGGCAACUAUUGGACGCUUGACCCCGCCGCUGAGGACAUGUUCGACAACGGCAGCUUCCUGCGUCGGAGGAAGCGCUUCAAACGCUCGGACUUCAGCACGUACCCGGCAUACGCUCAGAGCGCCGGCGCGUUCGCCUUCUCCCCGAGCCCCGCGGCGCGCCAGGCCUAUCCCAACACCCUGUACCCGGCUGUGUCCUCGGGCUACAGCGGCUCCCCGUUACCCGGCUCCCCCCACGGGGCCGUGCUGCACCCUUACCAGACGUCGGCGGGGGUCGCUCACGCGCACCUCCAAGGACAAGGCCGGAUGUUCAGCAUCGACAACAUCAUCAGUCAGCAGCCCAUUGUGCCCGGCUGCCCUGGAUCAGAGCUUCACGUUGGGCUUGGUAUCGGAGAUCUGACCUCCAGCUGCUCGGUGUUACCCUCCACUGACCCCACCAGCUUCCAGACUCUUAACCACACAAACAUGCUGAGCAGAAACAACAGCUCUGUUGUCUCCAUGGCAUCCUCAUCCUCAGCCUCUCCUCCUCACCUGUCAUCUUCCACGCCGCCUGCUUUCUCUCUGGGGGGCUACGGCACCGGGGGCAGAGGGUCGCACCUCAGCUCAUGCCCCGAGCACGCUGAGCAGCUUCUGGGACUCGCAGGAACCAAUCUGAACUUGUACAACAAUUCCUAUGUGCGACAAACAAACUUCUCAUCUGGGCUUGAACGCUACAUAUAAAAUGACCCUAUUUGUCACUGAGGUGUUACUCAGGAGAACCAUUUGUACCUUGAUAAUUUACCUUUUGCCUGAUUAUGGUACCUAAAUGUUUUCAGAGAACACGUAUCUAACAUGAGUAGGUAAAAGAUACACACGAAAGGUACCACACCAUCAACAAGGAAAGAUACAGUAUCUGUAGUAAGCUUAUUUUUCUGGAGAAUAUUCAGCUUUGACAU